AUGUCCAAAUCCAUUGUGAGAACGAUCAAAAACGUAACCAACGGUUACUCCCUGGCGCAGGUAACGGUGAGAAAUGCCACCUCCAACGAGGCCAGUGGACCGACCCGCGGCGAGAUGUUCGACAUUGCCGACCUCACCUACAACAACGCGACAUUUUUGGAAACCAUGGACAUGUUAGACCGCCGGCUUAACGACAAGGGCAAAAACUGGCGCCAUAUUGCCAAGUCGCUCACGGUGGUGGAGUUUACGUUGUUGCACGGGUCAGAGAACGUGGUGUUGUGGUGCAAGGACAACCUUUACAUCAUCAAGACGUUGCGCGAGUUCACCUACAUUGAUGGUGAGGGCCGUGAUCAAGGUCAGUUGAUCCGCACCAAGGCGAAAGAGUUGACCAUCUUGUUGCGCGACGACGACCGUAUCCGUGCCGAGAGAGCUGCCGCCAGACAAGAAGGCAGAAACCGAAACGCCAAGCCGGAGCGCAGGGCGCAGGGCAGAGGCGAGGAAUACGACCUGGAUCUCCAGGCGGCGUUGGAAGCCAGCCGGAUGACCGCAGAUGAGGAAAAUCGCCGCAUGAACGACGAUGACGAGGAGGAGGCUGAGUUGAGACGUGCAAUCCAGUUGUCGCUCGAGGAAGAUGAGAUGAAGCGUCUCAAGGAGCAGCAGCAGUCAGCGAACCUAUUGGACUUGGAUAGCGAUGCGCAGCCGCUCUUCUUCCAGCAGCCGCAAUACGAUGCCUUUGGGAAUGUAAUCCAGUACGACGCUUUUGGGAAUCCCGUCCAGGCUGCCAUGCAAACUGCUUAUCAACAGCAGUUGUUGCAACAGCAGCAGCAGGAGGCCUAUCAGCAGCAGUUACAACAGCAGCAGGAGGCCUAUCAGCAGCAGUUGUUACAGCAGCAACAGGAAGCCUAUCAACAGCAAUUGCAACAGCAACAGCAGCAGCAGCAACAGCAGGCGUACCAACAAAUGCUUCAGCAGCAGCAGCUUCAGCAGCAGCAACAGUUCCAGAGACCAAUGCUGCCGGUAAAGACGGGAACCAACAACCCAUUUGCCUUUUCCUCAAACAACAACUCUCAAUCACAGUAUACGCAGCCAGAACAAGCCAAGCCUUUGGCACAGACCCUUACCGGAAACGCCAAGAUGAAUGCACAGUACUCGGAAUUGAACAACUUGUUGGCCCAGGGUACUGGUAUCGACACCUUCGGAAACACUGGUGAGACGCGACUCCCAGCGCAGCACACCAAAACUGGCACGUUUGUCAACAGUCACGGCACUGGCUACAGGCAGGAGGAAGCAUCGCAAAACCCGUUCUUCGGCACCCAGUAUACCGGAAUCUCGUCCACCAAGGUGGUGCCCGCCUACACUGGGUACGGCUUUGGAAACGACAGCUCCCAGAGGCAGGGGCAGCAGGGACAACAGGGGCAGCAGGGGGGCAGCUUGAUCGAUCUUUAG